AUGAACCGAACCUUGAACCGAAGGCUCGUUGGACUCUUCAACUUGGCGCGUCUGUGGCGCCGCCUGCGGCGCCUGGGCACCUGGCUGGCGCAGGGCGCCCUGCGGCGCGCGGCGCGCAGCCCGCUGGGCGAGCUCACCGCGAGCGACACCGAGCGGCUUCCAUUGCCGAAGAUCCUGGGCAUGGACGUGAUCCUUUCGAAAACCUCGCCAGGCGCGCGGGGCGCGCCGGGUGCUUGGCCGUGGCUCCUGGAGAUCAAUCGCUUCCCAGCGCUGGGCCUCCGCAGUGAGACGGAUGCCGACACCAAACUGCCGGUGAUCCGAGACGCCUGGCUUGUGGCCCGGAGCGCGCGCGGCGCGCAUGAGCACUGGUGCCCUGAAAGUGGGGUUCAUUUCAUUCACCCCUUGCACCAAGAGGACCUUUCAGAUCUCACCAAGGUUUGCAUGCAGCGUGAUGAGAUGCGCAAUUUGCCGGACAUGGCCUUGGAUGUCAUCUUCCAACGGGUGGAGCAGGCGCUUCAUGGUCAACCCAUCAGGAGCAGGAGACUGGCUUAUGCGGAUGAGGAUGGCGAUCUGUGCACCUUGACCGUGCCGGGCCUUCUGGAUGCCUUAGAUUUAUGCUCUGGGCUGAUGCUCCUGCGGGUGAUGCUGGACGACGAUGCCUCCGCCGGUUGGGGUGCGCCGGUUCCUCUAACCGGUGCCGACUUGGUGAGUGAGCUACUGUGGCGAGUGAAGGGUCUGGACCUGAAGGUGGUCUGGCAUCGAGUUGGGGAAGAGGGCUUGGAGCUGCUCUCCCAACUCCAAAGCCACUGGCAGGAGGAAUCUUGA